CUCAUUCAAGUAAUUUCUCUGCAUUCGGCACGUUGAUCAUAAUUCUUCCGAAGUUUUUCUGGUAAAAAAAUUGCCAACAAAGUUUAAUUAGCACAAAAGACGACCAUUUGAAGAAGAAAACUAUUUGAAAUAAAUAAGAAGUGAAAAGGGUUUCUGAAUAAAUCAAUUUGAGAAAGAAAGAGAGAAAAAAUAAUAAUAAGAAGAAGAAGAGUCAGUAUUGCAGUGCGUCAUUGGACAUAGUACAAAAGUUGUAAAAGUUGUUUUGAAUGAACAAUUGUUUUAAGUCGAACUAAAGUGAAUAAAACAAAAGUCAGAAGAAAAAGUGAUUGAAAAUGUCAUCGAUUGGCAAAGUUCACUUGAAUGGAUCGACCGUUUUGUCUUUGAAUGAUCGUUUCACAAUAAUGCAGAAACAGGGUGGCGGCGGAGGUGGUCCAUCUCGACCAAUGCCACCUCGACCAAGAGCAAGAAGUCGCUCCCGAUCACGUUCACGUUAUGUACCACAAAUGGCCGAUGUACCAAUAUCACCACGAGUUUCGAUACGCAACCGAAGUUUACUUCAACAAUUGGAUCAAAAGCACAAGCUACGUGUGGCACUCAAAUUGAAACGAAAGAGCAUGAAAAUAAGACCACAAAAUGCGAUCGGUGUACGAGGACGUCGACAAUUGAUUCGGCCAUCAGCUCUACUUAUGAAUACAACACGAAAUGCACGCAGACGCUUGCCACGCUCGAACAGUAUGGCAAAACAGAUUGCAACCAUCAAAGCGGAUCUCAUAAAGAAUGUGAAGCGUGUACGUCGUUUGACACGGUCCAAUUCAACAUUGAAUCUGAGUGAACAGCUUGGCGUCCGUGGCCGACCAAGAUUGCGUCGAAAUAACCCAAUUGGCGAACGGGCUGCAUCAAGACCAAGAGGUCGAUCGGCCAGCCGAAAUCGUGCAAAUUUAAUACGUACGAAUUCAAAGCAAAAUUUACGUGGACGUUCAGCAUCGCGUCAACGUCAACAACAAGGAGCACCAAUUCGUUUAAAACGCUCCAAUAGUCGCUUGAAUCUUCGCGGUCAGGGCCAAGCUCAACAAGGAUUGACCAAUCAACGACGUCAGCAACGUUCACGCAGUCAAUCACGGUCAAAUGUACGCCGUAAUACAAUAUCAGUAAAUGCACGGCUUGGCGUACGACGUCAAAAUGCUGUUGGACCGAAACAAGUACAACGACAACAACGACAACAACGCCAACCAAAUAGACAAGGAAUCAGGAAGGUUCAACGCGGACGAAUCGUAAAACGACCAAUUACAAAUGCACGCAAUGGAAAUGGUGCACAGCAACGACAACAGCAACCACAACAACAACGCGGUCGAUUGCGAUCAAGAGUACGAAAUGGCGGCCAACCCGGCAAUCGUAAGGGAGGCAAUCAACAGCGGCAACGUGGCCAAAGUCGUCAACGGGGAAAUCAAAUUCGUGGUCGACCUCAAAAGAAAAUCGGAAAACGUGAACCACCAAAAAGCAAAGAGCAAUUGGACGCUGAACUCGAUCAAUAUAUGGUGAACACAAAAUCAAGCCUCGAUCAGGAGAUGAGCAUUUAUAAAAAAUAAUAAAUAUCAUCGGAAUAUCAUCGGAUCUGGAUGGAUCGGAUCUUUUAUUUAAGAAUUAGAUACUUUUGAUAAAAUGUAUUAACAUAGGCUAACCCAAUCUGAGAAAAAAAUAAACAAACAUACGCAAAUACAUAUUGUUAUUCA